UGUCAUUAGAGUUGCGGUAGACGUUUGGUUCUCGUGCGUGCAUUUUAUAGAAAAAAUGGGGAAUGAAAACUCACUUCCUAUGGAGCUUUGCUCUAAUUCCGUUCAGGACUACGCAUUUGAUGCUGAUGAGAUAAAGAGGCUUGGGAAGCGAUUCCGAAAGUUGGACUUGGACAAUUCAGGCUCAUUAAGUGUGGAUGAGUUUAUGUCAUUACCAGAGUUACAACAGAACCCACUUGUCCAGCGUGUUAUAGACAUAUUUGAUACAGAUGGUAAUGGAGAAGUAGAUUUCAAAGAAUUUAUUGAAGGUGUAUCACAAUUCAGUGUACGAGGAGACAAAGAAUCAAAACUCAGAUUUGCCUUCAAAAUUUAUGACAUGGAUAAGGAUGGCUACAUAUCAAAUGGGGAGUUGUUCCAAGUUCUGAAAAUGAUGGUUGGCAACAAUCUGAAAGACACUCAGUUACAACAGAUUGUAGACAAAACAAUUAUUCACGCUGAUACAGAUGGAGAUGGCAAAAUUUCAUUUGAAGAGUUUUGUGCGGUGGUUGGAAAUAUGGACGUGCACAAAAAGAUGGUGGUGGAUGUAUAGUGCUGGACUGGACAUAACUGUCUACCAGUGUUGCUGUUUUUCCCUUUUUCUACCUUACAAGAUGACAGAUUUUAUGCUUGAGAUAUCCUAUUCAGACCUAAACUCCACUCUUUGCUAUAAAAACUCUCAUGUCAACGAGCGCAGACACACCCACGCACACAACACAGCAUUAACAUUGUCUCUCACAUAGUUGCACAUCAGCUUUUCCUGUGUCAAUUUAUAACAAACUUCUAAGUAUUGAGUGGUUUAUAUUCUUGCACAAAACAUGUGCUGUGAAACCCCAAGCACCUACAUUUUACCAGAGAUUCAAUCUCUACUGUCUUAUAUGGAUAAUGAAGAUGAUAAACUGGAAAAUCCUGCUGAUAUUGUAUAAGCACAGAGUGACAUGUUGUUUAUUCUGUGGACUGUGAGUAUGUUCCAUAUGUGUGUUUGUGUUGUUCAAUGUCAGUCUGGGUGCUCAGCGUGGUCAAUCUGAUAUAAAGGCUCAGUAUGGUUUCCCAAUCCUUGGGGUCUUGACUCUGGCUUUGGCCUGGACAAAGGAACACUCUCUGUCAACUCCCCUGUAGCUGGGGGUGGACAAAGCAACAAGACCCAGAUGCCCACGGUGUCCACAUUGGCUAAGAUAAACCUGGGCUAUGAUAGAGCUGCACACAUGCAGAUAUCUCCACAAAUAUAGUAAGUAGCUGGCUGAGAAGGUACUCACUCAUUGAUAUUGAGCCAAGAGGGCCUGUCUAUGCGAACUUUAACAAGAGACUACAAGAUUUCACAAAGUAUUGCUCAGCAUAGAUCUGUAUUCUCCGUUUUGAAGCUUACUCGAGUUAAAUGUAAUUAUUAACUUUGUGUAUUUCAUGCACAGGAAGGACAAAUUAGCUACAUGCUCAAGGCAGUACAGUUUGUCCUGUUACGUGUCAAUAUUAUUUUUUGGUAGCAUGUUGUAUGGCUUUAUGACUGAUCUAUCUCUUUAUCAGUAAUUAUUGGAACAGGUGUAUCACUUAAAAUUUUUUUUUUAAUUAUUGUGUUUUCUCAGACCUCGCAUAUUGUUGACUAUUUUGUUGUUCUUCUCAAACCUCAUAUCUCGGCUAGGGGUAAGUUGCUAUUCAUAGUGUAGUUACAACCGAGAGCGAUGUGGCCAAUGGUUGGUACCACUAAGAAACUUUCUUCACAUGUUUUUUGGAACGUGGAAAAAUGCACUGAAACAAUUUGAACUUCAAAGAUUCAAAGUUUUUGACUUCUUUCUCUUGACAGUACUGAACUUUAAUGAUGUGCAGUACAUGUACAGGUCCUGGGGCCAAUUCCACAAAGCCUUUUCUGACUUAAGUCAAAAUUUAAAAAUUCUUUACAAUGCUUACUUUUUGGUAUUGGAAGUUGAAAUUUGGAUGCCUUUGCCUAAGGAUACCACUGCUGAGCUGGAUAAAAUUUUAAUUUCUAAAGCCCAAAAAUAAGCUUAAAGAUCAUACUUCAAAUUUUGACUUAAGUCAGUAAAGGUUUGGUGGAAUCAGCCCCUGUUGGUUGUAUGCAUUGUUUGAUACACAGGGGUUCCUGUAUUUAAAGUGCUCUUGUGCAUUAAAUACUUUAUUGUGCUUUUGUUGAAAUAAGAGUUUCAUUGAUCAAACAUAUAUUAGUUAUUGUAACCAUGAUAACUGUAAAAUACUUUAUGCUGUUACUGCAUUUUGCACUGUGUAUUUUUCCAUUUUUCUUUCUGUGUUACUUAAACACUUUUGCUGAACACAGGAAGUGUGAGAAUGCUUCCUGCAACAAGGCGAUAUCACUUUCUUAUUUAUGUUGACAAUAGGCAGAUGCUUUUGAUGAUUUCUUUUAUGUACCAAAGAAAAUAUUUUGAACUUAAUCUUUUCUCAAGGUCACAUAAAGAGAUUCUUUAACUCGCAUAGACUAAUAUUUCUGUUCAUGUGAUUAAGGUUGGUAUAGUUCUAUCAGUUAGUAAAAGCUUACGGAACCCCUUGCUGAGAUCUGAUAAUGUCGUAGUGUGUCUGGCUUGUAGUGAUUGUGUUGGAUUGAUAUAUAUAUAUAGUCGAUUUUUUUCUUGAAACUGUCACUGAACACUGUGAUGUAUGGAGCUGUAAAUGACAGGUUGUUAGGUGAGACAUUUUCUCUUCUUUUGUUUUUUUCUUGUACUGCUUGUGUAACAUUUACAGGUUAUGCUUGUUAAGUGUGCUUGAGUUUAAUUAUUUAUUUUGCAAGACAACAAAUAUCCCAAUCCAUGUAUGUGUAUGUAAUACGAUGGUUUGUGUAUUACUUCUGUAUAUUUGAAAGUUUUUAAUUCCAGAGGCCAUUAUUAUUUACUUAGCGAUAUUUUUUCCAUUCUGAUCCCCUUUUAAACCUUUUUUUCCUCUAUUUUAAGAUAUGUUAUUAAUCUGUUAUGCACACGAGUCUGUAAGCUGAAACGGUAUUAAUGAUGGUACAAGAAUCAUUGACUCUUGAAUAUUCACCAAGUUUCAGCAGUACAUUAGCUUGCUCUUCCUCUUCUAAACUGUUUCAGUUGCCUGCUAGAAUUCAAAAGUUUGGCAUGACAAAUCUAAAACACAAAAGAAAGGAUGUUCUAGUUAGAUCAUUUAUUAUGAACAGACCAAACUGAAAUAAUUGUCACCUUAUGCAUAAUAACAUUUAGGAGGUGUAGCAUUGUAGAAUCCUUUUCUAUUCAAGAGUAUAUCUUAUGCCAUAUGGCAACCGUUACAUAGUUUGUGAUAGCUAGGAAGCUGUGUGGGUGUAACUUAUAAAGCAGAUCAUUAAUAAGAUAUAUCCUUGAUGGAAUGCUGAAAGUAGUCAUUUUCUAUGAGAAUUCCACCUUGGCCUGUAUUAAUGCAUACCUGCAGUUGUCCAUUUUCUCUAGUCUCCUUCAGGUAUGAAUAUAUAUAUGUAUAUAUAUAUAUAUAUAUACACACCUUAGAUGGCUAAGUUCAUGUAAGCCAGGUUAAUCUUUGUGUUAUAUGAAGUUGAUAUGGCCUAAUGUGGAUGAUGUGCUAACUUACAAAUUGCCUAACCGGUAUGGAGUGAAGCCUUUUGCAACUUUAAUUAUAUCCCUUUGCUUGCGCUAUUAUUUGCACCUCAUCCAGCCGAUGAAAGCAUUGUUGCUAAGCCAUUUUCAGUAUUUAUUACAUGAACACUCACAUCAGUACUCUUCCCAGGAAUAUGUUAAGAAGUCUGCUUCACUUUUGUGUUUAUAUAGCACCACACUUUGGUACAAGAAACUGGUCGUACAGGAAAGCGCUGUAAGCUAUUGUGAUCCUUGUGUUUGGCUAUUUGCUCAUUGUUGACUGAAGUAUUCGCGGAUGUGUCUAUAUUCGGAGGAAAAAAGAUGUGAAAGCUGAAGUUACAUUCUAUGAGUUCAAUAUAAACCAGCUUCUGGCAGAUUAGUAUACAGGUUGCAUGACCUACUUCUGGUAGCCAUAUUGGAGUACUAUGGAUACAGCAGCCCAUGUUAACAGGAUUCCAGUAUGGCUACCUGGCUAUUGUGGUGCCAAAGUGGUGACGUCACGUGAAACCCCUCUGUUGAUCUUUAGGGGGAGAGGGGAAUGUAGUGAAUGUAGUCAACUUGGCCUUUGCAACAGGUCACAUUUUUUCUUGCAUAAGUACUUAAAAGCCGGAUGAUGAAUUAUGAACUGGGCACCUGUCCGUGAAAGCCAGGUAGUUUUCGGGCAAAUGAUUUCUGGAGAAGACUUUUCACAAGUAUGCUUUCUUCUGUGUGAUCUCUGAAGGGCAUUUUCAGCUUGUCAUCCCCUCACCAUUAACUGUCCACCCACAUGAUCACAUGCCAUUUAUACCCAUCUGACCACUUGUGAUACAUAGUAAAAGCAUGUUAUACAUUUGUUUUGUUUUAGUAGAAAUCUACCAGUUCUAUUCCUGAAGCUUGCAUCUUUUAGCUUUGUUUCUGUAGCACGUAUAAUUAUUCUGUGUAUAUGUAGCCAAAAUGAAGUUUAUGAUGUAGGCCAUCUGGUGUUUAUGUCAUCUAGGCUAGAGCUUUUCAAGAAACACUUAAUAUUCAAGAUAAGUGAACAUAGAUGAUGUACAUGUAGAUGACAGAGGUGUGCUUUGGAUGUAGUCAUAAAAAAGAUUAACUUGAUCGGACUGAUAAACCCUGACCUUCCUGAAAGCCUGCAGGCUACAUAUGCAUGUAUACUUCAAUACCUCAAGCAUACAUGUGAAUAUAAAACCUACAGUCAUUUCAUGGACAUGUAUUACUGACACAGUAGUACACCAGCUGUUAAGCUGUGCGCUUUCUGCAGGCCGAGGGCUUUUGUAGGUUUUCCAGAAUUCGUAUCGGAAUUUAAUUUAUAUGUUUAAUUUACAGCAGAGCAGAACAGGAAGCUGGUUUGCUUACCAAUACAUAAGUACAGAUAUAAGGUGUCCCAAGUACAUGUAAUAGAUUUCGAAGCAUUACAGUCUGUACUACACAUAUUUAACUAUUGUGUAACGUGCAAAUCAGUUCACGGCCAAAUCCUGGCCACCUGCCUAAAAUGACCUUAAAUUUCAUCCAUGACUGAGUUGCUCAUUUUUUUCAGGUUUUGGAAAUUCUGUUGAUUUUAGAAAGGUGCUUUGAGAGGUGUUUAGAAGGUAGGAUGAUACCCUACUGGGAAAAUGUAAAUUUUAGCACCUAAAGUGAUAUCUCAUGACAUUUAUCCUUCAAUAAAAAAAAUGCUCUUUUGUGGUCAAAUUUUUAGGUCAUUUUGGGUAUAUCAUACAUAUCCUCAUUACACCACUGUCAUCUAUAAUUUAAGAUAAGUUGUUUUCAUUUCUAUCUUUAUCUCGCUUGUUUUUGCUAAGUAGCAUAAUAUUUUGUUGAUACUUUAUAGUUUCUCUGUGAUCUACUGAUGUACUUUUGUAAAUAACAGUUUUAUAUCUUUGUGAUUCAGUUUGAUAUUUAGUUUUUUCCCCCUGUCAUAGAUUUUUUCCAGACCAGCUUUUAUAACCUGUAAUGUUGCUUAAUUAAAUCUUGGCAGCUGCAGGCUUAACAAACCAUAUCUAACAUUAUUUCUGAUGACUUAAUAUCGUCCCUAUGUGUAUGACAACCCAUAUAAUGCUCAGAGUAAAGAGGCAUUUCAGUAUACAUGUACAAUGUAGUCUAUUUACUUACAAAAUUAAAUCUUGAGCUUGGUUUGAGAUUAUCUACAUUUUAUUAUAAACUGGAGCUCGUUUUACAACUCUUAUUAAUUUGUGGUCUUGAAAUGCUCUUAUGAAGUGCUGUUUCUAGGUUAAAAUGUCAUAAUGCUUUGUGAAGCAAGUUUCCCAAAAUUAAUCAGCAAAAACUUUGGUAAUGAGAGUAUUAUGUAGCUGUUCUCCUCACCUCAUUGUGACAUUGCAAUCCAGACAGUCUGCCCAGGUCAAGGUGAUUAAGAUAUAAGAUAGUGGAUUGGCAAAGUUACAUGAAAUUGGCUCCAGGCCCAUAUUUAUAACUUUUCAUGUAAAAAAGUUACAGUACUUUAGAUACCAGCUUUCAGUACAUCGACACUGACUUGGGCUUGACCAACUCUGUGUGUAAGCUAAGUGUCUAUGGAUUCUUGCUGCUGUUGGAAGGGGAGGGAAAAGUAGGCCUGCGUCUUUGACAGCUUCCAGUAAGAGUGCCUGAGCUGUUUGUUUAGGCGUACAUGUAUAAUGACAACAUAAAACUAUACAUAUCAGUGUUCUUCAGGUAAAGGUUAGCCUGUCCAUAGCCACUCUCGUGUAGAUGGAAAACCUAUGUCUAUAUCGGUAACAGUAAUCUGCAAGAAAAACUACUGCAUGUACAUGUUAUAUAAUUACUGUCAAACUGAUGGAAAGGGAAGAGAGUUUUCCUCACACAAAAUAUUUUCAGGUAUUACUGGGCAAAAAGUGAGAAAUCUUAAUGUAGUAAUGAUGUAAAGUCACAGUUGCUCUGUUUCGUUCAGUUGGCAAUGCCAGUCAGAUUUUCGAUGCUGCUUGUAUCUUCGAAUAUAUAGUUAGACUUACAAAGUGUGCCCAUUCAUGAUUAACUCUCAAGAUGUGAAUAAUUUUUCCCUUUUGUACUUUUUCCAAGGUUCCUUGUGUAAAAAAAAUAAAUAUUCUAUCAUAUUAAGUCUUCACCAACUCUCAUGUAUGUGUAAGUUUGUUUUGUCUGUGUUCUAUCAGUGAGGAGGCUGAAGUGUGGUAGUCAGACACUUCUGGCACUCCGUAAGAUGUUGUUGAAUGUUCACCAUUUUCAUGUCUUCACCUCUAAAAUUCAAAUAUGAACAUUUCCCAUGAUAAUAAAUCUGUUAUAAACUCUUUA